AUCCUGUCUGCCUGCUGAUGUCUAUGUGGCGAUGCUGGUUCAGCUCCAGCAAGGAGCUAGACGAGAUUUUCCGUCAUGUCAUAAAAAACGACGAAAGUUAUAUCCCUAAAGGCAAGCCCUCUGUGUGGCGGACGGACAAUGACCCCCGGAAUGCCCAAGAUUCCCACUGUCGAGGUGAACAUUGUAGAGGAUCUGGUGAUUGAUGCCAUCCAUGUCAGUGGGGCCACGAGUGUUUCCCUGCCAGGAGAGCCACUUCCGAGCCAGCUACGCAGCUGAUAAUGACGCGCUACCGCAGAAAGACUGCGAAACUGAGUUUCUGAUUCCGAAAGGAACAGCACUGCCCAACCGACAACAAAGUCGGCCGAGCCGAGCCGAGAGACGCCCUUUGCAAGGUCGUCCAGAUGCAUCAGCUUGAGGAAGAGUCAAGUGAGUAAGUUCUCUGGCUGGGGAGGGGAAGAACAACUAGGAGGCUACAAACAGGGCCAGGCCCAAGACAAUUAAUUAAAAAUUCUAUUGCUCCUAGCUGCGUUUUUCGUCUGCAAAAAUGAACUUGGCAAACACACACAUACACAUACACACAUGCACAGCAUCUUGAGAAUUAUUUACUGCAAUGUAAAUAAACUGUUUUUGGAUUCCCAAAUACUUAACAACAAAUGCUGCUCGUCUCGGCCGCAGAGAAUGGCCGAGCCGAAGCAAAGCACAAACGAUGGCUACAAUAACAACAACACAAUCGUCGAUGGUCGAUGCUGUCUGGAUGGAUGAGCCAAUGCUCUGCACCGCCUCUCACUCGCUCAAUGAUCACUGGCCGGUCGCGAUCACGAUCUCCGAUCUCCAGUUCCAUUUUCCGUGCCAUUUGGAUGGUUGUUAGUUCGCGGCCAAUUGCCACAGCAAUUAAAUCGUUCGAAAUGGCUGCCCCCGCAGCAGCUCCAGCAUCCGUUAAACGCCUGCCAGACCCAGACCCAAAGAUUGCUGCAGUCGCAGCCAUGCCCAAAAUAACAAUUACAAGCAGCAGCACCACCAGCAGCAGCAGCAGCAGUAGAGGUGCCGCUGUGCCCAAAUCUCCAGAUGGUCUUACCGCCUUGGUGGCCAAAAAGAGUCUCACCUCCAUGUCCGAUGAGGAAAUUAUUCAGGAGAAUCUCAAGGAAAUACUGGAUCUUAAAUCCCGCGAGGAGCGCAAAGCCAAUGGACGCCUGGUGGCCGUCAUUGUUUGUUUUCUGGUGAUCUUUCUGGCCAUUUAUCAUGCCUGGAUACAGGAUGCCCUGGCUGGGGUCUUGGUGCCGGCCGGCAUAAUGCUGUCCUAUUUCGCUUGGGUCGUGGUCCUGGCCAAAAGGGAUAAGCACAAACGUGCCAUGUUUGAAAAGCAUAUCGAGGAGGUGGCCAUGAAGAACAAGAGCGAACUGGAGGAGAAGCAUUCCCGAAUGAAGCACUCUCACGGCCACGGACACGGACACACGGUCAGCGCCAUGAAUGCGGACCAGCAGAGCUGCAGCGGCAGUGCCUCGAGCAGUCUGCACUACGUUAACGAACUGCUGCCAAAUGGAGAGCACCGCAAGAAACAGCGCCGCCACAGACAGUGGCACGGGGAGGGGGAGAGGCCAGGACGUGCGCACCGUGCGACUGGUGCCACCACAGAGGCAACGGUGCAUCGCAGCGGAGGGGCCAAGAGGCCCAGCAUUAGACAGAAGCUGUUCGGCCAGAGCAUCGCGCAUGUGAAGCUGGUGGAGACGCAAAGCGACAGCAUGGACUCAACGGGCGGCGGCCCCACUGCUCCCACUGGUCCCAGCAGCGAGAAGCGCAAGAGGCUGCAGCGCAUGGACAACCUGCCCAUGCCCCAGGUGGUGCGCAUGAGCUCGGCGCCAUAGAAUAGAGUAGAGUAGAGGAAGGGAUGAGAUGGAAUGGGAUGGCCUUGCUAUUGUAUCGAGUAAAUAAAUGUAUUAUAAAAAA